AUGUCAAUUGAGCAAGUACAAGGUCAAGAAUCUCAACGUUUUAUGGCACAAAGUACUGCUCGAGUUCGCAUAGAACAACGGCAAAUGGCAAUAAAUAAGUUUUCUAUUGACAAUGUUUCUGUUCUAGAACCUAAAAAGCGUUUUAUUAUCAGUAAAAUGAUCUUAAAUAAUUUUAAGUCAUAUUUUGGUAAACAGGAAAUAGGUCCGUUUCAUAAGGAAAGUGAAAAUCUGGAUGCUAGCAGAAUUGAUGUAUAUUUUGAAGAAAUUCUUGAUUUGCCUGAUUUGGAUAAUUAUGAGAUUCUACCUCAAUCUCAAUUGUCUUUUAAAGAAAGCGGGAUCGAUUUGGAUCAUAAACGAUUUCUAAUUUUGAAGGGAGAAGUUGAAUUUUUAUCGCAAAUGAAACCCAAAGUACCAAAUGAGCAUGAAGAUGACACAAGAAUAUAUUGA